AUGGAUUCAUUGCUAAUCUAUCUUAGACAAAAAACCUCUCUUGGUUUUCGGAGCUAGCCGGCAUUUCGGAUCCAGCCGUUGUGCGAUACUAAUCAUCUCCGCUAGGACUUGAGGAGGACGGACUGUAAAGCUGUAGAGUACACUGCAUCGUAUCUGCUCCUUGCUGCUGCUCUCGGCUGACCCAGGACUCCAAAAAAUCCCCACAGGUACGAACAAACUCUUUAUGUGUGGUCGGUCGAAGAUGUACUGGUCUCUGUACAAGCCAACAAGCCACCAUGCACAACACACUACUACUGCUGCCCUUCACCUGUCGCCGUCCUUCCACGUCUACCUGUCCUUGGCACAUGCUGCCACUCGAUGCGACAACAUCAGGGAACAUCACGGACACAGGGAGUACUUUCCGUACCCACGUACACCGUCAAAAUGUCAGAACAACUAAAUCUCAUUCCUCCUGUCGUGCCAAACAUAAAUGAUGUAUUAUGCACGAAAUGAUCAACUCUUCUUUACAUAUGGUCUGUGCUGCCCACUGAGGGGAGAGAUAUAACCAUACUCCCUGCCUACACACGGGCGAGAGAGAUGACCAACCCAUUACAUUUGAACACACGAACACCCACAUAUCGGUGAUGGAACCUCAACCACACGCCUUACCUACGACCGACCACGUCAGGAGGCAAUGAUGAAAGAAUGUUCUCCCGUGCCCUUCGCACAUUUAUGGGCAUGAAAUUACACAAAACUGGGAGACCACUCCCGUGUGCCGCACAAUUUGACACAGAUGCAUGCAUAUGCAUACCAAACUCAAUUACUUACCAAAUCAUAUUCCUCGCGUUAAAUGCAUACCAAACUGGAAAUACACGUGUAAAAUGGAUGGAGAUCCACAACCAACAGGGUGCCACACAUAAAACACCCAACUAACUAACAGCCCAACACUUUUCGUCUACACCUUCCCAACAUAACAUAUAUAAGACACACAACACAGCUACCAAACUGUCUUGUUGAGCCUGUUAUCCGCAGGGGAGAUGUCCAUAUAUGCUGUCUGGGAAAUCGUGGACACACAACAGGUAGUUUUCUUUGACGCUAUGAUUCCAUUGCUAAUCUGUCUUUGACUCUUUUCUCUGACGGAAAUGGACUCGUUGUGUUGUAUUUGGAAAAAUAAAAAAAAAAG